ACAUUGUGCGAAGCAGAGUAGCUCCUGUGUAUGAAUCAUUAAUCAUAGCAACCAUGAAAUAAAAUAACAAGCGUAAUGGCGUAUGUCCUGCAAAAUUAAAAAGUGGUUUGUUAUUUUAGUUUAAUGUGUUAUUUGAAUUGAACACAAUCGGACGAUGUGGCAGUAAGACAGGACAUAAAACAAGUUUUAGUGGAACAUUGCGCUUUAUGUACGUUGUAGAUUUGCGUUACAUUUGAUUAAAAGAUAAAGCAUUCAUUUGUUAAUUUCACUAAGUCGAUAACUGUAAUUUAGCGUAGAGGACGACCGGAGCCAGUUUCGACAGCAUCCAGCUAAAGACGUUUAGUAGCCUUUGACUGGGAGACUGGCCAUUACAGGACACACUCAGGCCGAUUGGUGUCGCUAGUCAGUCCCGUCAUGUACAUAUGGGCAUACGUCCUGAAAGUUGGUGGGAUUCUGUUUAAACUUUUAACUGUGCGGAAUAUGUAUAUUCUUAGAGAUCAUAGAGUUAAUAUUGUAACAUGUUCCAUGAUCACUGAAAAUUACUUUACCUUAUGUAAAUAUGGAUUUGUGAAACAGAUGGAUAGAUGCAUAUUCCUUUCCAAGAGAAGCUGUAGUGUUAACAGUGAACAACAUACAAGAACUGCUCAGAAUGCACUCAAAAAUUAAACAUUAAGAAAAAAAUAUUUAAAAUGCCUUGAUGUGUGACUGUACCUUGCCCUCUGCUCAUUUCUCAUCUGAAAGACCAAGGAACAGGAAUUCUCCUUGAAAAAAGGAGAUAGAGAAAAAUUGGAACAUAAUGCCUGAAGAAGAUGAAGAAGUGGAAAGAGGCAUGAAAGACAUGGAGCCAGAAAUAAGAAAACCAGCAUCUGUUUUAAAUAAGAUCUUGCAUUUAGAAAAUAAUUCUCAGCGAUGUAGAAGAGAAAACAUCCCGGAAGAGACAGAAAGAAAGACUGAUAAGCUGAUUAGCGAGGAUAAAGAGUGUGAGACAUUUUAUGGCAUCACAGAGAGCGAGCAGAAAGAAAGCAGUGAUGAAUCUAUAGUAUUUCUCCAAAAACUUAAGGAGCAUGAUUAUGUGUAUACAAAUGAGUUAAUGCAAGAAUCUGCUGCUCUCCUAGACAUAAAUCGCGUUCCAGAACAGGAUUUACCAGAAAGACGUGGCCGUGGCCGUCCUCGAAAAGUUCCAGAAGAUCUGCAACAGGCGGGGGGCAAAAAGUGGGAGUGUACUGUAUGCGGAAAGAAUUUUGCCCACAGGGGCCCUUAUCUCAUUCAUCUCCGAAUUCAUACUGGGGAAAGACCAUACAGCUGUGAGGUGUGCCAUAAAAGCUUUACACAACUAUCAAACCUCAAUGCACACAAAAAAAUUCAUUCUGGCGAGAAGGACUACAGAUGCCCUGACUGUGGAAGAGGUUUCAGCCAUCUGGCUAACCUAAAUAGACAUGUCAUGAUUCAUACUGGAGAGAAACCAUUUUCCUGUGAGGAAUGUGGCCGUCGCUUUAGGCAGAUUAGCUCCCUCCAGGCCCACAAAGCUACACACAAUAAUGAAAGUGAGAAGCAGUUCCACUGCGAGGAGUGUGAGUUAACAUUUCCCAAUUCAAGACGCUUUUUGGCACACAGGAGGACCCACACUGGAGGAAAGCCCUUCAUUUGCAAGGAAUGUGGGAAGGCUUUCAGUCACAAUGGCCCCUUGGAAAUCCACAUGCGAAUCCAUACAGGUGAAAGGCCAUAUGCAUGUUCAGUUUGUUCCAAAACAUUUGCCCAGAUAUCCAAUUUGAAUGCUCAUAAGAAGACACACUGGUCCAUCAAGCCCCACUCAUGCAGCAAGUGUGGAAAAGGGUUCAGCCAGUUGGGGGCACUUAAUGCUCAUUUUCGAAUACACACAGGUGAAAAGCCUUACACCUGUAAAGACUGUGGUAAAGCCUUUCGUCAACUCAGCACCUUGCGAGGUCAUCAAGCAAUGCAUGCUUCUGAGGAUCUAGGGCGUCGCAUCACAGUGGGAGCAAAAACAUCUGAGGAGAAUAUACAUUCUUGUACUGAGCCCAAGUGUAGGAAGAGAUUUGCUGAUCCUGAAAAGCUGCGAAUCCAUCUACGAGUCCAUGGUGGGGAGAAACCUUUCACAUGUCAUUUUUGCAGUAAGACAUUUAGCUACUUUGGCACCUAUGAAAUCCACCUUCGUUCCCACACUGGUGAACGCCCUUAUAUCUGCCAGCAGUGUGGUAAGAGGUUCACUCAGUUAUCAAACUUAAAUGUGCACAAGCGUAUUCACACAGGGGUAAAGGAUCACAGAUGUUCUGAAUGUGGGAAGGGCUUCAACCAUGUCUCCAAUUUAAAUAAGCACAUGUCUGUUCAUCAACAGGAAAAGCCACACCAGUGUACACAAUGCGGCAAAGGCUUUCGCCAAGCUAAUGGGUUGAAAAAUCACCUGGCAUUGCAUUCAAAGGAUAUGACAUAUGUGUGUUCACACUGUGGAAAAACAUUACCAGACUGGAAAAGGUUUCGUCUUCAUCAGCGAGCACACACCAGAAGUCCAGGUGCUGUCUUUUCUUGCACAGAAUGUGGAAAGUCUUUCCGCCAUGCUGGACCCUACCAAGUUCACCUUCGAGUGCACACAGGAGAGAGGCCAUUUUGUUGCACUUUUUGCAGCAAGCGCUUCACGCAGCAGUGCAACUUGAAAGUGCAUGAGAAAAUCCACACUGGGGAAAAAAGUCACGGAUGCACUAUCUGUGGUAGAAGUUUCAGCCACGUUGCCAAUUUAAACCGCCAUGUAAUGAUCCACACAGGUGAAAAGCCUCAUUUUUGCUCCAUUUGCAAAAAGUCUUUUAGACAAGUGAGUUCUCUUCAGGCACAUCAGAGAACUCAUACACGGCAGCAGGAUUAUCAGUGUCCGGACUGUGACCUCUCCUUUGACAGGCUUGGUCUACUACUUAAACAUCAGUUGCGUCACCCGCCAGUAGAACGUGUUAAAACUACGUCUUUGCUUGGUGUCGAGGACUGCAGUUCACAACCGAUAACUUUAGCCAGUGAAAAGAAGCCUGAUUCCCCAGAAAAUGGUUGGCAAAAGGCAAGUUCAGACUGUGGAGGAGAUAAUAAAUCGUCAGAGAGUACAGAGUCCACUGCGAUUAAUCAUGAGCCAUGUCUCAAGAAAGAGCUUGUUAUAGAAGAAGGACAAAUUAUCUGUACCGAAUGUGAGGAAGAGUUUGAAGCUGUUACUGACCUUUACGAACAUUAUUUACAGCAUGCUAGGGGCGAGGUUUGAAAGAAGAAAAUAAAAAUGCUAAACUUUUAAAUAUGUGAUUUUCAAAAGUUGUAGAGAUGGACAACCUAUUCAAUCUCUUGCUCUCUCUGCUGGUUUGUUACAUUUAUUUUCCUCUGGUUUACAGUACACUAGAUAGAGAUUAUUAUUUUAUUAGAUUUUGAAACAUAAAUCAUAUAGCUCUAGAUAUCAGUUUUAUUUUUCAUAACUGUUGAAAUCCACCUUUGUUGGUGGGUUGGUAAAAGUAUAUUCUUACAAAGGGCUUUAAGCUAGUUUCACAAAUGCUUCUGAGCAAUUCUUCACAACAUUUUAAAUGUAUUUAUUUUAAUGUGUUCAGCCAUGGCCACACAAAGUGCCAAGAGUAGUAUAAAAGAAAUAAAAGAGAAAGACUGAUCAAUAAAAAACCUAAUUAAAAUGCAUAGUGUUUAUACCUUUACGACUAGAAUGUCAAAAACACAUUUUUUCGGUAAAUAUUCUGUUAACUAGAAUUAUUCUUAUUUGCAAUAUUUACUUAUUUAUAUAUUAAACUGUGUAUAUGCUCAUGCUUGUCAGGUUUCGGACAAAAAGUUGUGUUUUCUAUAUGUUACUGCCUGAAAACGACUUAAUUCUUAUGUGAGGAACAACAAAAUUAGACAUCACCAUCUUCUAGAAACCUGUUUUAUGAGUAUAUUGUGUCAGAAAUUAACAUUCAAGUCUACUACUUAUCCAGGUUGCUGCAACUGCCACUUUAUAUUUCAUUUAUCUGUUAAUUUAUUAAAAAAGAGACUGUUUUUUACCAUUA